CAUCGUGCGAGCGGUCGGAACCCGUUAGUACGGUGCCAAAGUCUGAACCUGACGGGUGUUCCUCUCGACGAUCGUUCACGAUGGCCGACGGUUUGUUGCAGCGAUUCAGCACGAUCGGAAGUGUGAUCGGUAGCAGCAGUAGCAGUACGAGCAUGCCACCAAUGGAAACGGCCAGCAUCACUCAACGUAUUCAUCACGAAACACCGGCGCUGCUUGCCGGUGGAAAGUAUCCCGUGUAUGGACCAGGAACUGGACCGGACCUGUACGACGACGAGGCGUCCGAAUAUUGGCACGGGGCGGGCAGCAAUGGAGCGGGUGGUUUUUUCCCCAGCUUUCUGCCCUGGGGUCCGGGACCGCAAGGAGCGCAUCCGGUGCCUCCACCACCACCACCGCCGCCACCACCACCGGCAUACCCACUGUAUCGUGGACCGUACGGAGGGCCGUUUAACAAGGGCCUUCGCUUUAAGGGUGCCUCAGUCGCGGUGCUAACACUGCUGGCUUUUCUAUUCUUUUUGAGCAUUCUGCAGAACUAUAUCCGCGACUAUUCGACCACCUCGCAGCCGACCGUCAUUUUGCUGUCCGCUGGUGCGACGAAAGAAAACCUACCGAUCUACCCGUACCGUAUACGACAAAAGGAGGGCCAGCGUGGCGAUGAACCACCGUCCCGGUACGACGAGGAGGUGGAUGCACCGAUCGAAGAGGUUUCGGAGCAGAGCGAAGGGACAACCAGUGGAUAUCGGGCACGGAUCAGGAAAGGACAUCAACGACCUCAUCAAAAGGGUAGCAGCAGCAGCAGCAGCAGUAAAGGAGUGUCCUCGGGGAGUAUUUCGGCCGUACCGUCCAACGCACCGUUCGGAGAUAUUUUCAAGGUAAACGGAUUGUGAGCGGCAUCAAUCGUACCACUGCAAUAGUGGCUUCAGUGGACGAUCCGAAUUGACAGCCGACGGUAGCUUUGGUAGCGCUUUUGUUUAUUUAUUAUCUCU